UCAUCCUUCUCCUCUCCUACUAUGGCCUCGAAGAUUAGGGAUCGAAAAUUUCUUGGCCACCACCACGGUCCAUGUCUGCCGUCGUGUGUAUUUGUCUGCUUCGCCGCAGUGUGAGUUCCAUGGAUCAGGUCAUCAGGACACCGGGAAAGCCGACUGAUACACUUUCUAUUAUAUCGACUUCCCCUUCUUGCCUCACUAUGGCGACGGUGGCAAUUUACAGCCUUUUCAUCAUCAACAAGUCUGGUGGCCUUAUACACUACAAGGACUAUGGUUCAGCAGGGAGAAUGGACACCAACGACAGUCUACGGUUGGCAAGUCUAUGGCAUUCGAUGCAUGCUAUCUCGCAGCAGCUAUCCCCUACCCCUGGCUGUAAUGGCAUUGACCUCCUACAAGCCCACAACUUCGAUCUUCAUUGCUUCCAAUCUCUCACAGGGACAAAAUUCUUCGUUGUAUGCGAAACAGGCGCUCCGAACAUGGAAUUUUUGCUGAGAGCGAUUUAUGAGCUCUACACGGAAUUUGCCUUGAAGAAUCCGUUCUAUGAGAUGGAGAUGCCGAUUCGGUGCGAGCUCUUUGAUUUCAACCUAGCUCAAGUUAUCCAGAAGGACCGGGUCGCACUUCUGGGCCGAUGAAACAUGUCAAAGAAAAAUACUUUGAACCAUCUUUUCAAAUAUUCUGAUUCUUGUAGUGGCGGGUGCCCUUCAGUUUGUUCAGCCAGAGAAACUUUUUUUUCUUCCUUUGAAUGUAUUGCUGAUAACAAAUGGCGUGAGUGCCGUUUUGCUCAAUCGUGCGUCUGUUAAUUGGUUCGGCGGUGUUGAGUUACAACAUUUCACGGAGACAAUGUUCAGCUUGGACUUCCAA